GGGAUGGGGCCGUGCCGAGGAUGAGAGACUCCAAAUAUUUACCACUUGGCUAACUAAAUAUCUUUAUUUCCGAACUGGGCUUCCUCCCUCGCUCUUGUACAUAGAAAUACUUUUCGACCACGCAUGAGUUUAGGUGGAAUUUGGCCCAGAUAAAGUGGAGUAUCUGUACGUCCACGACACACGCUUAAAAAGUCGACAAAAUGUAUUCCUCUGCUGGAGCCACCGAGAUGCAAGAGGGACCCCGUUCCUCUGGGUCAAUAAGCUCUGACCCCGAUGUUUCAGACCCGCCAUCUUCCCCCGUGCCAGAAUAUGUGUUCAAGCCACCAUCACGGCCAGACUUUGGCACCAUGGGCAGGACAAUCAAGCUCCAGGCCAACUUCUUCGAGAUGGAAAUCCCCAAACUGGAGGUCUACCAUUAUGACAUCGACAUCAAGCCUGAGAAAUGCCCCAGGAGGGUCAACCGUGAAAUCGUGGAGCACAUGGUCCAGCACUUUAAAACGCAAAUAUUCGGUGAUCGAAAGCCAGUGUAUGACGGGAGGAAGAAUCUCUACACUGCCAUGCCUUUGCCCAUAGGCAGAGACAAAGUGGAGCUGGAGGUAACGAUUCCUGGCGAAGGCAAAGACCGCAGCUUCAAAGUAUCCAUCAAGUGGGUGUCCUGCGUUAGCCUGCAAGCGCUGCACGAGGCACUAUCAGGGCGGCUACCCAGCGUCCCCUUUGAGACCGUCCAAGCCUUGGAUGUGGUCAUGAGACAUUUGCCCUCUAUGAGGUAUACCCCGGUGGGCCGCUCUUUCUUCACUCCCUCAGAGGGAUGUUCAAACCCCCUUGGUGGUGGCAGAGAGGUGUGGUUUGGCUUCCACCAGUCUGUCAGACCUUCCCUUUGGAAAAUGAUGCUCAACAUCGACGUCUCUGCCACUGCGUUCUACAAAGCCCAGCCUGUAAUUGAGUUCAUGUGCGAGGUCUUGGAUUUCAAAAGCAUCGAAGAACAACAGAAGCCCUUAACAGACUCUCAGCGAGUGAAAUUUACAAAGGAAAUCAAAGGCCUGAAGGUGGAGAUCACUCACUGUGGGCAGAUGAAGAGAAAGUACAGAGUGUGCAACGUGACCAGGAGACCAGCCAGCCACCAAACGUUCCCCCUGCAGCAGGAGAAUGGCCAAACUAUUGAAUGCACAGUAGCACAGUACUUCAAAGACAAGUACAAGCUCAUCCUGAGAUACCCCCACCUCCCGUGUCUACAGGUGGGACAGGAGCAGAAGCACACCUACCUACCUCUAGAGGUGUGUAACAUAGUGGCAGGACAGCGCUGCAUCAAAAAGCUGACAGACAAUCAGACCUCCACUAUGAUUCGUGCCACAGCCCGAUCAGCACCAGACCGUCAGGACGAGAUUAGUAAAUUGAUGAGAAGUGCCAACUUCAACACUGACCCUUACGUUCGUGAAUUUGGAGUGAUGGUGAGGGAUGAGAUGACAGAAGUGAAUGGCCGUGUCCUACAAGCACCUUCCAUUCUGUACGGAGGCAGGAACAAAGCAAUAGCCACACCAAUCCAGGGAGUAUGGGACAUGAGGAACAAGCAGUUCCACACCGGCAUUGAAAUCAAAGUGUGGGCCAUCGCCUGCUUUGCACCACAGAGACAGUGCACUGAACUUCUGCUCAAAGCAUUCACAGAUCAGCUGAGGAAGAUCUCUCGGGAUGCAGGGAUGCCCAUCCAGGGUCAGCCUUGCUUCUGUAAGUACGCCCAGGGAGCAGACAGCGUGGAGCCUAUGUUCAGGCACCUGAAGUACACCUACCAGGGCCUCCAGCUGGUGGUCGUCAUCCUACCGGGAAAGACGCCCGUCUACGCUGAGGUGAAACGUGUUGGGGACACAGUACUUGGCAUGGCCACGCAGUGUGUGCAGGUGAAGAAUGUUCAAAAGACAACACCUCAGACCCUCUCCAACCUCUGUCUCAAGAUCAAUGUCAAGCUGGGCGGUGUCAAUAAUAUCCUCCUCCCACAGGGCAGACCGUUGGUCUUCCAGCAGCCAGUGAUCUUCCUUGGUGCAGAUGUGACUCAUCCGCCUGCAGGAGAUGGAAAGAAACCUUCCAUUGCUGCUGUCGUUGGCAGUAUGGAUGCCCACCCCAGCAGAUACUGUGCCACAGUGCGGGUGCAGCAGCACCGCCAGGACAUCAUCCAGGACCUGGCCACCAUGGUUAGGGAGCUGCUCAUCCAGUUCUACAAGUCCACCCGCUUCAAGCCUACCAGAAUCAUCUACUACCGUGAUGGCAUCUCUGAGGGCCAGUUCAACCAGGUCCUUCAGCAUGAGCUGCUGGCGAUCCGUGAGGCCUGCAUAAAACUAGAGAAGGACUACCAGCCUGGUAUCACCUUUGUGGUCGUGCAGAAGAGACAUCACACAAGACUCUUCUGUAUGGACAGAAAUGAGAGGGUUGGGAAGAGUGGCAACAUUCCUGCAGGGACCACAGUGGACACCAAAAUCACUCACCCGUCAGAAUUUGACUUCUACCUUUGCAGUCACGCUGGCAUUCAGGGUACCAGCCGGCCGUCUCAUUACCACGUGCUCUGGGACGACAACCACUUCUCUUCAGAUGAACUGCAGGUCCUCACCUACCAGCUAUGCCACACCUAUGUGCGCUGCACCCGGUCAGUUUCCAUCCCAGCACCAGCUUACUACGCCCAUUUGGUGGCUUUCCGGGCCCGCUAUCACUUGGUGGACAAAGAGCACGACAGUGCUGAGGGCAGUCAUACAUCAGGCCAGAGUAAUGGGCGUGACCAACAGGCCUUGGCCAAGGCCGUUCAGAUCCACCAGGACACCUUGCGCACCAUGUACUUUGCCUGAGAGCACACAACCCCAGGUUGGCGUGGGUGAGACCCCACUGAUGGAACACACUACCCCUCGCUGUCUCACUGUCAGCUGUAGAUAGCGUCAAAGUGGUUUCACGUAGUGAUCUCCCUACCCAACAGACCUGUCAGUUACCCAUGUGUCUACAAUUGUACUUCAGCCCUUGACCUACCCAAAUCAAGCCAGCUAGUGGACUGUAAGAUGCAAAAGAACCCCUUUCUCGGGCGUCUACGCUGGAAGAGGUUUUAUUUAGAUGUUGUGCAUUAGUGUGUGUUUGUAUUUGUCGUAGGGGCAUAUGUUGCAAAGUAUGAAAGGAAAAGGAAAAGUUUGUACACUGAUAGAAGAAAUCAACCAUUUCUAAACUAGUGGGCAGGAUCAUUUUACAUCGGGGUGAUUUAUAAUUUAGAGGAAGAUGUUUACCCUCCUUCUCCUGUUUCUAUUGUUUGUUAGGGUCUUGGUGCUCGAAAGGAGAAGUAUCAAGUUCAUCAAAGAUGAGGGGGCUGUUAACUGUUUAUAUGCCUAAAGAUUUGCUCCUCUGACAAACUAUUUAUCAGCCAAUCAAAGCAAAGUGCACUGACCAGAAUGGGUACUUCAAUCAGGACAAAAGUACUUAAUAUAUUGAGGGUUGUGUAUGAUUUUUCACAUAGGGCACUAUGUGAUGAAAAGUGCCAUUUGAGACCACCUUUCUGUUGUCAUUUCUGUGUUAAAAAAAAAAAAAAAAAAAACCAACUAUGAAUUAUUAGGCCCACAUCUGCUGGGUUUUCAGUAUUUGUCCUUGAUUGACACUGAUGACCAUUUUAUGCCAAAUCUGGUGACAAUUUACAAAAGGAUUCUUUUCAUCAGAUUUGUUGUCAACCAUUGAACCAACACUUAUUCUAGGUGAGGGCUUUUAGUGUCCACAUAGAGAUUGAAAGAACAGCGGUCGUAUCCCUCUCUGACUCUCGUUAGUCCGAACAGAAAUAGUUUAACCCCAUUCUCAUGCAGAGACAUAUAGCGUAUUGGGACCGGUUCCCAACGAGGACACCUUUCUAAUGUAGUCUGAGCCGUGUUGAUGAAAGACACAUGAUUUAGAAAUCAACAUAGAGGGGAACUUGAUGAAAUCUUUUUUUUUUUCCCCCUUCUGUUUUUGUAGUAAUUUAAUUUCAAUCAGUUUUGUUAUGAAUAUGCAUGUAGCUGACUCAUGUUUUAGACAUUUAGGCAUUUGUGAUAAUUGUUUAUUUCUUCCUUUAUACGCAUUAACCCUACUUCUAUGUUUUAAUGUAUAUAGCAGUAGGAUAGUGUUUUCUGCAGCGUCUUUGUCAGAGCGGGAUGUUUGUGUGGCGUCUCGAUAUCUAGGCAUUCGGUACAGUGGAGUGAAAGCUGCAACAUUUUUAUCUGAUUGAAAUUCCCUUAAAAAAAAAAAAAGUGUUUGCUCCAUGAAUUGGGAGCAGCCGUCGCACAAACGCUUGGGUUUUAUGCAAAUGACUUUUUGUGAGUCUUUAUACUAUAUAGUAACGUUGGUAAUAAGGUAUAUUUUGAAUAAGCUUUCAGUGGAGGCUGAUGAAAAUAUUAGUUUUUUUAAUGACUGGCCCACAUGUAGUCUAAAUUAACACUGUCUAUUUGUAUACAGAUUUUAAAUGCAAAUAUUAUCUUGCCUUCUAAGACUGUUACAGUCUUACUAAUAAUUCUAGACAUUUCCUAACAUCCCAUCUAAGUUUUACUACUAAGUUAAGCUGGCGAAUGUUCUCAUAAUCUUGAUUGGAGGCGAGUAGUCUAUAUUUUCUAACUAUGCAUCAUUUUUAACCAAGAGAUUUAGCAGUGGGGUAUCUCACCUGAAUUUGGGUCAUUUAUAGAGAUAGAUAAUCAGGGCUUUUUUUGUUGUCGUUGUUUUUUAGCAUGUUGCAUUUAGUAGCGUUUCUUAGUGCUUAUCAGCAUCUUCAUGCCUUUCUAAGGGGGAUGAAGUAUUUAUGUGGUCAUUUGUAAAAUUGUAGAUUUUAUAGCCUGAAAAUUUGGUGUAUCCUUUGUAAACACACAAUCUUUCUUAGCCAAACAAGAUUACAAACUUUUACAUGAUUAAUAUUCAAAAGACAUGGAAGCACAAAAGGACAUCUUGAUUCUAGGUGCUAGAAGUUUUCACUGUAAACCACCUUAAAUCCUCACUGGACUGGUCAACGAGGCUUUUUAACUUGUAUGCAUAAGGAAAAAAAAGAAGAAGAUGCUUCAUCGUUUUGAGGAUCUUUUCUCUCCCUUUGACGACCUCUCUGUGUUACCCUUUUUACUCAUUACCUGUAAAGCAACUAGAAAUCCGACUGACUGUGUUUGUGGGGCAUUCUGAAAAUCACGUACUUGAUAUUUACUGUUAUGAUGUCAAUAUUGUUCUUAUCGGUGCUGGUCUCACAACAUGUAAAUUUGGAUGCACUUUUGAUAGCAGAACGUUGGUAUGACUUCUAUAGACGCGCGUUCCUCAAUCGAAGCGGGAGGCUCGGCCAUAUUGCGUGACACUGGUGUAAUUGUAUGGAAAUGGCCGUGUGUUCUACCUCUUGUUACCUGUUUAAGUGUUAUGGUAACAUCACACUGCGGGCCAUUUCUGUAUAAUUACCCCUGCUAUCUAUCUAAUUGGCAUUGUUUGAGUCUUGCAUUGACAGUAGAGGUUUUAAACGCUUGGUGUGCAUGAUGGUGAACGCGCUUUCUCAGUUUAUGUAGUUGAGAUGUUUUAUUUCAUAUUUUACUCAAACUGAUAAGAGAGAAUGUGUUUUUCUUUUUCUUUUUGGGGUUUUGAGCGUUGAGCUGUACGACCAAAUUCUUGAAGUGUGUUUGUAUUCGCACACAGCUUUCCCUUCUUUCUUUCCUUUUUUAUUCUAUGCACCAGUGAAACGACAGACUUUCAAUUUUCCACCUGAGCAGUAUAACAACAAAUGCAAAGCCCACAUCAGCUAUGAUCAUAGCCAGUCCUUGAGUCGGAGAAAUUGCAAAUGUGCCCUUGUGGUACUGUUAGUAAGACUGUUAAAAGUUGCUUGCAAACCAAAAACAGGAAAGAACAACCUCUUCAGCCUGAAAAAGCACGUAUUGAAAUCCAUGUGUUGCACUGGAUGUAAGUAUGUGAUUCAGAGAGGCCUCUGAUCCGUUAAAUUUCAUCACAGAACAAUAAUUUGUAGUCAAAUGCCCUUAUGUACAAGCAUGAUCUUCCUUUGUGUUUUAUGGAGACUGAUGUCAGGUGGAGCCCGCUUUUUUGGAAAUGAAAGUGAGGAAAAUGAAUGGGUGUCCUCAGUGAGAAUGUGCUGAAAUUCAUAGCAUCUACUUGUCUAUUUGGGAAAUGGCUUUGUGUUUGUUGUUACUGCUCCUUUCCUGUUAAACAUUACCUUAUACCAGCACCUUAAAAUAGCAGAUCAGAACGGCAUUGCUUUUCCUGGAGAUAAAAACUCAAACAUUUGACAAUGUUGUUUUUGCACUAAACAAGAAUGGACUUUUGUAGCUGUCGGAGCAUUUAGAGUAUUUAUCAGGUGGAAGACUAGCAGCCUCUUAUUUAAUUUAGAAAGGAGCAGUCGGCAUUGGUGGCUUUUCAAAAAAAAUACAAGGGGCACGGUCAACAGGCUUGAGAGCCUCAGUAUGUGCACUUGCCAUUCAGAAAACCACGCCUGCUGAUCAAAGAGGGAUUCUACCUAGCCAACCACCAUUCAGCGUGUCGUCUUUGAGAAAUAUCCCAAUGCCUUUUAAAUGUUAAAUAAGAGUGAAACUCGUAGUGGCGUAGGUGUGUUGCCUUUGUACAGUGACGUGAGAGAAAGGUGCUUUAUGCAAAACAAACUGACAGGUGUUGAAACAGCUGAUUAGCUAUGGACAGUCAGAUUUCUGGAGAGGCUUGGAUGCCAAAGUGCUGUGUGAGGAUGGAGUGCGCUGGAAGGUUUGACACGGUCACAGUGCAUAGAAAAAUAAUGUUUAAAGCAAGGCCUCAUUGAGCCUGCUUAUACCUGGUGUUAACGUGUAUUUCAGUGAUCCGAACACAAGUGGACAAGUGAGAUCGGAUUUCAUCACUGCCUACAUCACUUGCACUUUAAGUUCAAAGGGCCCUGCAGACAGUUAUUACAUCCAAACUCUUGCUGGCGCGCUUUCUAGCAUGCUCGCUAGCCACAUUAGCAGUUGUGUUGGUACACGUUCAGAUGCCAGUGUCAGCAGAAUUCAACACGUCUCCAUCCAUAGGGCAAAAUGAUGGGUGGUCACACAAUACUUGUGCAACUUGUUGUAAAAUGGGCAAGUUAUAGAGCAUUAGCACGCUGUCGCCAAAACAACAACCACGUCCUGCAUUUAUCAUGUAUAUCUAGGAUACAUUAGCAUUUAUGCCACAAGAGAUAGGUGGUCUAGGCUUUGGCGAUUUCCAUUUUCUCAUACCUUCCUGAAAUUUCCCUGGGGAAUAUGGUACAUGACGGUAUUAGUGUACGGAAAUACCCCUGUAACAUUAUCUUCACCACUGACAGUCAGCUCAGCUGCCUGUUGCACCAGACUGACCUCUGGUGGUGCAUGAUGUGGACUACAUACAAUACAUCCUCAUUACAGCCUUUCCAGUGAGGUCAAUAGAAAGAUGACCGAUGUAGUCUGAAUUUCUAGAUAGCCUACUGUACCAUCGUACUGCCUAAGCUUAGUUUGAGUUUGUGUAAUCAGAUCACAAUGAGUCUUUCCAUCUUUAGCGCUGUCCUCUUAUGAUUGGAUCACCUGAGACACACGUUAAUACCAGGUAUAAAACACUCAGACUAUACAUAUCAAGAUUCAGAAGAGGUGGUUUCUUUUUACAUAAAUCUGCUUGAUCAUACUGAGCUAAAUCAAGAAUGUGCAUGAAUCAAACAAGUGAAUACACCAGCCUGGAUGAAUGUGGCGCUAGUGUGCUUAGUUUGGCAUUUAGUACCCCUGCAGUGGUAACCUUAAUGACAUCACUUCACCUCAGUUCGGCCAUUUUUUUUUUUUUUUUUAAGCAUUUUUUCGUGUGUCCAAAACUCGGACAAAGCAGGUUGUAGAAAUGGCUGGUUUGUAAACUACAUGGCAUAUCAUAAGCUAAUUUAAUUGAUCUGUUAUAUACCAUUUUUUUUGUUUUGUAAGCAUGUUUAAAUGUAAGGUUUAAAGAGGCUGAGAUAAAAUUCCUCGACAUAUAACGAUCAGCCUGUUUACUUUUCAAUGGUCUAAGCCCGACUUCCAGAGAAGCAACAGCCUAUACAUCAGUUUAUUCCAAACCAUGACCCUCUGUAUAGCAACGUCUCUCCUCUCUGCCUCUCAUCCGUCUCUUGUAGAGAAACUAUUGCUGACAUAAAGAAACCUCUUGUAGAGUAGAACCUAUUUUCCUAACUCCAAAUAAUAACAAUGAAUGUACUUAGAGCCUGCGUGGUUUGUAAUACUGUAUAGGCCAUCCAUCCAGUACAUUUAUACUCAUGUUUGCUUCUUGUGUACAGCCUUUUCGUUUUUCUUUUUGGUGUUUUUUUUUUCCCUCUUAUUUAUAGGCUUUAAUAAUUGCAGAAAGUAUUAUUUUUUCUUUAAUAGAUCAUUGGUUUAGAUAUCACCCGCAUCACAGCUGAUAUCAAUCUUUUCACUGAUUAACAGACAAGUCUACAGUGGAGAUGUCUUUCUCUAGAUGUUUGCUACUGUAGUUUAGGAGACAAAACGUUUCACACUGUUGCAAAGAGUCUUUUCUGUUUCUGGCGUCAUGCUCGUGUGAGGUGCUGUAACAUAAGAGCUGUAUGUGUGUUGGUUUGUGUGUGUAUAUAUAUGAUGGUUGCUUUGGUGUGUGAUCUUGUUUGCUGUUUGAUUUUUUUUUUUUUUUUUUUUUUUAUGGCUUCUACUUCAGCCCUCAGUCUGAUAUAUUCCUGUCCUGUAAAUUCCUAAAAUCCUCCCCGUGUUCAGCUUACUAACUCAUUAGCGCAGUGCCACUUGGAAGCAAAGAAGCUGAGGUUUUUGUUGGAGUGUUGCUUGUGUUCAGUGCUUUUGGUGAUUGUAUUACUACACGGCUGUUUUUCCAGAUUUUGUAAAGUACAGUUUAUGAUUUAUAUGGCACUCCGUUAGCUUCAGCGAGCAUAAUUUUCCUCUUCCUGUACGUAGACAAACCUUUCUAAAGCAUCACUUUGACAGUCAGUCUUUAUCAUGCCAAUGUCCACCCAGUUACCUGCAGCCAUGUGACACUGGUGUGAUGUCCACAAGGUCUUUGCAGUUAAAGUUUGCCUAUAUUAUUGUUCUUAGCUACAAGUCUGAAUUAUUGAGCACAAAUUCAAAUGGGGUACCUGCGAGAGCCAUUAUACCUGAUGUCCACUGGAUGCAGCUACAUUGCAUUUUGCUAGUCAUGUCUGGUUGUAGUCUUGGUUUCAAUGUACCCUGGAGUCCUUCAGCUUCCACAUUUUCAUUGUUGUUUAAACGACAUUCUUACCCAUGCUAGCUCAGCUGUACCAAUAACAUGUGGUCAGUUGAAACAAAAAUCCUUGGCAGUCCUCCCAAUAGUUGAGACAUUCCCGGUCCCAGGAGAAUGAUCACUAUUGACUUAUGCCCUUACUUUUCCUCAAGCGUGGCUGCAGGUUUUUGUUCUGACCAAGCAGGAGCACACCUGAUAACAACAAAUCAACUGUGUUAUAACAGGUCAGUUGAUUGAAUGAGUCGAGUCAGAUGUGCUCCUGCUUGGCAGGAACAAACACCUGCAGCCACAGAUCUGCUCUGGCAAAUAUCUCUGCUCUGGCAAAUAUCUCAACAUUUGCUCAAUGGAACGGGACAGAAUCUUGUAAACACAUGAACUGUUCCCAGACAAUAAAUCCUGAUCAUUUAGGGAGCCCUUAACUUUUCAUCUGGUGCCACUAUCGGGUCAAAUUUGUCCAACACACAGCCUCAGCUGCACUUUGUACUAAGCGCAAAAUAGCAAAUGUUAGCAUGUUAACACGCUACACUUGGAUGAUGACAUUGGUGAACAUUAUGUCUGGUAAACACGAGCAUAUUAGCUUUGUCAUAUUGAGUCUAUUAGCAUGCUAACAUUAGCAUUUAGCUACAGUAAGUACAACUAUGCUUGAGGCGUCUUCCGUGUUUAUCAAAUGUAUUGAAAUCAUGUUUGCAGCUCAUUCAGAGACACAAGCUUGAUCCAAAAGUGGAAACCGACAACUUUUCCCGUCGUGGUGUUGUGUGCUGGCAGACAAAAUUACAUUGUAGGAGUAAGACUUAUAGGGAACCAGUCUAAACGCUGAUGGUGGCAUUAUUUUAUAGCCAUUAUAUUAUGCAAUCAGCAUUUACUUAAUAAUGAUACUUAAAAGCAAAGAAAUGGGACCGAUAAUCUCUGGCAGCUGUGACUGAGCCAGAAUGCGUUGUAACCGCGUCCAGUGGACACUCAGGAUUCAGCUCGGGGCUGUAGUAAAUCUGACCUCGACUGAAUAGAGCUGUCAGCGAGCUUCACCAAACCAAUACCAUCCAGCUGUUCUACAUGUAUCCAGUCAUGCAAGACUCACGUGGGUAUUUUUGUAUCUUGAAAGCAUUUUCUAGUCUUCAGAAUGACUUGGCUUUUUAUUUACCAACUUGGAAAAGAAACUACCUCAGAGCAGUGUCAGGUGCUAGCUAAUAUUAGCCCUCAUUUUUAAUAAUGGUAACAAAAUCAAAAAAUCCUUGUGACCAAACCAAUACAAGCCAAUAUCGUGUGAGAGCACUGUUCUUUCCUUUAACCUUAAUAAAUGGAAAACCAAGUAAUCAUGUAUGACUGGUUGGUUGCUUUAGUUGGUUACAUUUUAGGGGACCAAAUUUUUGUAAUUGGGAGUCUCAUUGUUUCAUGCAAGUCCUUCAUUUUUCAAAAAGAUGGCGACAAAAACUACCCAGCACAACCUAGGACUCAGUCAUGUGGUGACGUAAACUGUAAUCUUGAACAUUUGUAGAUGAAUGUGCCAUCAUAAAGUAAUUGCUAUUCACUAUCACAAUGUGUUGAUAUUCCAGCAAAAAUGUUGGCGAUAUUGAGGAAUGUUUGCAGCGGCGGAAAAGGUUUGUUGGAUAGAUGUAUGUACAGCAAUAAUGUGGGUGUGUGGGCUGUGGAUCGUUGGUAAUUAGUUUGACUUUACGCAGUUCAAAUAAACGCUCAAUAAACAUUUUCGACUUUUAGUUAGCAGGACAAUAGUUUGCAAAUGGGUAGAUUUGUUUGUCUCGACAUUUGGAACCAGCUUUUUUUCUGUUUUUUGUUUUACCAGAAUGUUUAAGGUUUCAUACUGGAUAGAGCCACUCCACGUGAUCAAAUGCCUACACCUCUCUGCCGUGUUAACCCAGUACUGCAAUAAAAUCAGGGUGGAUGUCCCUGUCUCCUACUCAGUUCAUUUCUCCUACGAUUAGCCAGACUCGACGCCAUUUUUGUCAAGGGUAUAAAGGUGUAGUUUUUGCAUGCGACAACUUACAAAGGGAAUAUACACAUUUGAACAUACUUUACAAUGUAGCAGAACAUUGUAAACUUCAACGAAAGGUACAUACGAGGCUGCACAGCAGCCAACUACAGUUUGUUGUAAUUUAGUCUAAACUGAAAACAUCCAGCGUGUUUGUAGUCGUUUUAUGUGUGCCUUUUGUCGGAUCUCUCUCUUCUCCAUCUGCCCCAAACAUUGGGUUUGUGAGUCCUUUCAACAUAAAGGGUUUGACGAAAUCUGCUGCGCCACAUAAAAAAAAAAAAACAUAACCAUUUUUAAUUAUCAUGCAACCUUGCGUGUAGAUGCUGCAUAGAACGAUCAGUAUUUGUGUUUUGCACUUUCAAAGCAGUCUCAAAAUGAAAUCGCCCACAUGAGGUUGGGCAGAAAGUUAAAAGAAAUAACUGACGAGGUAUUUUAUGCUAUCAAUAGGAAUUAUAAGGAAUAAUAUGACUUUGAAGAGCUUUUCUAAAAAGGUUGAUAUAUCUAUAUAUAUUCAUGAAGUACCUCAUAAGCCUGAUAUAUGCUGCAUUGACUUUUUUUUCUGUAGUGUACUUCAUAUUGUCCAAUAAAAUUUUUAAUUUUCCCCUUUGUUGGGAGGUUUGAAUGUCACUCCAGGCUGUGCACACGCCACAACCGGUAAAUCUGAUAGAGUUCUGUUAUAACAAGGGAGUACGUUACACCUUGUGGCCAAAUGAUAAUGUGUCAUUUAUGCAAUUUCUACGCAAAUCUCAUCAGAAUAUUUCUCACUUGUAGCCACAUCGUAUGUCUGUGCUGUGUUUUUUUUUUUUUUUUUUUUUUUGCUCAUUCUCUGUGUCUGUGUAGCCAAAAAAAUAUUGGGUUUAGCUGGCGAAGAGUUGACGUGCACCACUCAACCUGUGAGGCUCUGUGGUGUAACACGACUGUUGACUCAGGUAUUGUUGUGAAAGGGCUGUAUCUGCUUACUGUGUCCCAAACCCUCCCCUUCCCUCCCCGGCUCCUGCACCUUUGUCUUAAAAUAGCCUUAGAUCUACACAUGAGGUUCCUAUUUGGCCUUAAAAGUUGAACAAAUUAUGCACUACAAUUUCACAGACUUGACAGAGAGCUCGAUUCCCAUUCAAACACAUUUCUUGAAGAGUUCGUCGCGUGCCGUGUUAUCUACCUCCUAUGAAUGUAGGGGCUGUCCUGGAGUUGUAGUCGACUGCAAAACUUUUAGUUGUCUCGCUCAUUUAAGGAAAACAGACAAUCAUCUGUAGUUUCUUGAAAAAUAAAUAUAUUCCCCUAUUCAUUCAUACAUAGAUUCCAGGACACUCCAUUUUCUUGUUUUUUUCCCUCAUUGGCCGAUUCAUUGUGGGUUUUUUUGUUUUUUUUUUUUGUUUUUUUU